CGGAAGAGAAGCCGGCCCCCCUCUCUCGGCCCGGCCAUCUUGUGGGAAGAGCUGAAGCAGGCGCUCUUGGCUCGGCGCGGCCCGCUGCAAUCCGUGGAGGAACGCGCCGCCGAGCCACCAUCAUGCCUGGGCACUUACAGGAAGGCUUCGGCUGCGUGGUCACCAAUCGAUUCGACCAGUUAUUUGACGACGAAUCGGACCCCUUCGAGGUGUUGAAGGCAGCGGAGAACAAGAAAAAAGAAGCCGGCGGGGGCGGCGUUGGGGGCCCCGGGUCCAAGAGCGCCGCUCAGGCCGCCGCGCAGACCAACUCCAACGCGGCGGGCAAGCAGCUGCGGAAGGAGUCGCAGAAGGACCGCAAGAACCCGCUGCCGCCCAGCGCCGGCGUGGGGGACAAGAAGGAGGAGGCGCAGCCGCCCGUGGCGCUCAAGAAAGAAGGAAUAAGACGUGUUGGAAGAAGACCUGAUCAACAACUUCAGGGCGAAGGAAAAAUAAUUGAUAGGAGACCAGAAAGGCGACCACCUCGUGAACGAAGAUUCGAAAAACCACUUGAAGAAAAGGGUGAAGGCGGAGAAUUUUCAGUUGAUAGACCGAUUAUUGACCGGCCUAUCCGAGGCCGUGGUGGUCUUGGAAGAGGUCGAGGCGGCCGUGGGCGUGGAAUGGGACGAGGAGAUGGAUUUGACUCUCGUGGCAAGCGUGAAUUCGAUAGGCAUAGUGGAAGUGAUAGAUCUUCUUUCUCACAUUACAGUGGCCUGAAACAUGAGGACAAGCGUGGUGGUAGCGGAUCUCACAACUGGGGGACUGUCAAAGAUGAAUUAACAGAGUCCCCCAAAUACAUUCAGAAACAAAUAUCUUAUAAUUGCAGUGACUUGGAUCAAUCAAAUGUGACUGAGGAAACACCUGAAGGUGAAGAACAUCCAGUUGCAGACACUGAAAAUAAGGAGAACGAAGUUGAAGAAGUCAAGGAAGAGGGUCCAAAAGAGAUGACUCUGGAUGAAUGGAAGGCAAUUCAGAAUAAGGACCGUGCAAAAGUAGAAUUUAAUAUUCGAAAACCAAAUGAAGGUGCUGAUGGUCAGUGGAAAAAGGGAUUUGUUCUUCAUAAGUCAAAGAGUGAAGAGGCUCAUGCUGAAGAUUCGGUUAUGGACCAUCAUUUCCGGAAGCCAGCAAAUGAUAUAACAUCUCAGCUGGAGAUCAAUUUUGGAGACCUUGGCCGCCCAGGACGUGGUGGCAGGGGAGGAAGAGGAGGCCGUGGGCGUGGUGGGCGUCCAAAUCGUGGUAGCAGAACUGACAAGUCAAAUACUUCUGCUCCUGAUGUAGAUGACCCAGAGGCAUUCCCAGCUCUGGCUUAACUGGAUUGCCAUCAAGACAACCCUGGUUCCUUUGUGGACCCUCCUGUCUGAGGUUUUGCAUGCUUAAGGAUCCCAACCGACUAAGAAAUUUAAAAAAAAAAAAGACUGUCAUUCAUACCAUUCACACCUAAAGACUGAAUUUUAUCUGUUUUGAAAAUGAACUUCUCUCGCUACACAGAAGUAACAAUAUGGUAGUCAGUUUUGUAUUUAGAAAUGUAUUGGUAGCAGGGAUGUUUUCAUAAUUUUCAGAGAUUAUGCAUUCUUCAUGAAUACUUUUUGUAUUGCUGCUUGCAAAUAUGCAUUUCCAAACUUGAAAUAUAGGUGUGAACAGUGUGUACCAGUUUAAAGCUUUCACUUCAUUUGUGUUUUUUAAUUAAGGAUUUAGGUGUUCUCCCAAUUACAAACUGGUUUUAAAUAUUGGACAUAGUAUCAGUUUUAAUACCUGCUUUGCAUUUUCACACAUGGUCAAUGGGACAUGUAAACUUUGAUUUGUCAAAUUUUAUGCUGUGUGAAAUACUAACUGUAUUUUAACUUAGUUUUAAUAUUUUCAUUUCUGGGGAAAAUCUUUUUCACUUCUCAUGAUAGCUGUUAUAUAUGCUAAAUCUUUAUAUACAGAAAUUAUUAGUACUUGAACAAAUUCAAAGCACAUUGGUUUAUUAACCCUUGCUCUUCCUGCAUGGUUCAUUAGGCUCAAAUUAUAAUUGAUUCCACAAUUUCAACUAUAUAUAUAUACAUAUAUAUAUACUGUAAGUGAUUUUACCAUUUUAAACACCAAACUGAUACCUUACUGGUGAAAGUUGUUUAAGCUACUUCCUGUUUGUAGAGAACAUCCCGUGAGGUGAUUUAGUUUUACUGGUGUUGGGUUUUCCCCCUUCGACAGGGUAGGUGCCACGCAUUGAUCUGGCUAAUGUGUAAACUAUAAAUUGUCUGGCCACUCAGUAUGAUUUGUGUGUGUGAAAGGUCCUAAAUCAAAAUUGUGCAUCCAUAACCAACAACCCUUUACCCUUCCUUGUUCUAAAGAAACCAAAGGGCACUGGUUAAUAUGGUGAUAAUGGGGUGUAUUUUAGUUUGGGGAAUUUGGAAAGCAGACAGCUUUACUUUAUAAGGUUGGAACAACAGCACCAUCCAUGAAAUAUAAACCAAAAAUCUUACUGUUUCUGAAUUUUCCACAUUGCUAUAAAGUUGGCUCUGAAGUUGGUAGGUGACUGUUGCGCAGGUGGUAAUCAGUAUGUUUUCCCUCUUCAUUAGAAAAUUAGGUUAAUAAAUGGAUUCCUGUGAUGGGAGUAUCACCACUAGAACAAACAUGGAAUGAUUGCAUAGAUUUUCUAGAAUUUUUGUUUUUUUAAUCUUUGGAAGCGUAUUGAUAAAACAGGAAAGGAAUUUUUAUUUAAUAUCGAAGAUCUUUUUUUCAUGCAAUUUCUACCUAUAGCAAUGUCCAAUCUUAAAAAUAUUGAAGACCUUUAAUCAUAAAGUGUUUAUUUAGCUGGCUAGUUCUCCCAUAUACUUUAAAGAGAGAAAUUGUAUACUACAAGAUCUAUUCAUUUGGAUUUUAUUAAUCUAGUUACCUGCUAGUUUGACGUUAAGGAGGAAAUUGGUUUUUAAUGAUGGAUAAGCUUUUGUGCUGGUGUUUUGGAUCUUAUGAUGCUGAGCGCGUUCUGCACUGGUGCUAAUGUCUGGUAUAGUUUUAUAUUUACAUACCUACUACCCAGAGGCAAGUAUUAGUCUAGUCCUUGUGAAUGGACUAGUGACCCCUCUUGAGAUUGCAACAUACACACUCCCAUGAGUGUGUUGAGACUUUCAAGUAUCUUGACUUGUUUCUGGACACGUACCAUGAUGUUUAUAAACAUCUUGAUUCUAGCAACAUAGAGAAAACACUUGCUUCUAAAAGUGCUUCACAAGUUCUGCAGCCAGCCAUUGCUGGCUCUCGUCACUAGAGAAUACAUAGCAAUAUCUGGUAUGUUGCAAGCUUUCAAGAUAGCCUAAAGUUUAAAAAGUUGGUCCAUUAGUUGUAUCUGAUGGAUGUGAAUUUGCCUCCUAGUUCACUUUUGUGUCAAGAGCUAAAACUGUGAACCUAACUUUCUCUUAUUGGUGGGUAAUAACUGAAAAUAAAGACUUUAUUUUCAUGCUCACUUCUUAAAAGUCAUAAAAACAAAUAGGAGCCCAUUUACCGUCAUGCGUUUCUAACCUGUGUGUGUGCCCAAAUAUAAUGGUCAUAUUUCACUUUCUCCUUAAACUACAUAGAUUGUGUUUGUGCGGGUUACUUAUUAAACUAAGCUUUAUUCACAUUUAGGAGGAAUAUCUCAAUGAUUAUAAUUAGAUGACGACGUACAGAAAGAAUUUUAAGGACUGACAUGACAGUUGGCAUUUGGCGAUGGGGGGCGGGAAUCAUUGUUUGAAUGUGAAAGCAAAUUGUGGAAUGCUUCUCCCUUCCCCACAUAUUUUUUUCUCUACCAAACCAAGUUAUGAUACUAAAAAAUUGCUUAAAUGAAUACACUAUAUAAUAAGUGACUGAAUAUUUGAAGAGUUUUGUGGUUACCAGAGAAUAAACCCAUGCAAAACAUG